AUUUUCGUUAUAGUCUCCCAAUGGUGGCGGGGCUCACAGUGGAUCUGGAGGCUCAUAAGACCCGCAUAAAGAUACAAACUACCGCGUACAACGAGCUGAUGAAGGCCAUGAACAAGUGCAACGAGCACGUCCUGGCCAUGGGGGCUUGCUUCAACGAGGAGGCCGAUUCUCACCUCAUCUGCGUGCAAAGGGACGACGGCCAGUACCAGACGCAAGCCAUCAGCAUCCACAACCAGCCACGUAAAGGUAACCAAGCACACCUCCAAUGUUUUUGGAAUUUUUUGGGGUCGCCCACCGUACCGCCCACUUCUGGUUCGAUUCAAUCUCAAAGGCAGAUUUUCUCAAAAUAAUAAUUAUAGAAAAAUUCUUGAUGGAUUGGAAGGAAUAUGAAUUUAUCUAAUGUAUUAUUAUUUCUAUUUUUAUGU